AUGUACCAGCCAUGGUCACAGCCAGGCAUUGUGUACGCGCCACCCGUUGCCAAACCAAUUCAGGUUACGCCUGGGUAUGCUAUUCACCCUGGGCACCCAGGAGGCUAUGCACAGCCAAUUCAUCCUGCUGCGCAACCUGCCGGGCAGCCUGUGGUACUGCCACACGCAGAGAGUCGACCACACAGACCCAGCACACAGCUGAGGGAGAUAUCUCUGGAGUACUCGUAUGCUGAGCUGUCAGCCUCUACGAGCAACUGGCACGACUCGCGUCGAUUAGGUUCUGGGUCCUAUGGAUCUGUCUACAAGGGCGAGCUCGAGGAUGGCUCCGAAGUUGCCAUCAAGGCCAUAGACCUCGGCGCCUUGGGUGCCUCCGGCACUGCUCCGGAAAUGGCUGGCUUUGAGGAAGAGGUGCAGAUGUUGAGCAAGUUUCGGCAUCCAAAUUUGGUCACGCUCCUGGGCUGGGGCAAGCACGACAGUGGCUCUGACAGGAAGCGCUACCUGGUCUACGAGCUCUUGUCUGGGGGAGACUGCUUCCAGCGCCUACAGAAAAGCAAAAAGCUGAGCGCGAACAGCCCGUUCUUGUGGUUUGAGCGGCUCAGCGUCUGCUUGGAUGCUGCAGCAGGUCUCUCGCACAUGCUGAACUCCAAGCCGAAGGCUUUCCACAGGGACAUCAAGUCUGCCAACAUACUUUUAGACAGACAUGGGACUGCAAAAAUGGCAGAUUUUGGCCUGAGCUGCACCUCGAGCCAUGCAAAUUCGCUGCAUGUCACCGUGCGCACGAUCAGCGGGACACCAGGAUAUGCGUGCCCCAUUUACUCUCGCACCGGGCGCGUCACUGAGGGCAGUGAGGUACAUUCCUUUGGGAUGGUCAUGUUGGAGCUGCUGACUGGCCUAGCACCAGCAACGGCAGACCCCAGCAGGCCUAGCGGGAUUGCCUACCAAGUAGCAGAUGCGAUCUCGCAGCAUAGCCCCGGUGCCCUCGAGCGCUGCUUGUGUGCCUUGGACGCCAACGCUGGCUGGCCCAAAGAUCUAGCCAAAGAAAUGGCUGAGCUGGCGCUGCGUGCUGUGCACUCGCAAGAAGAGGAGCGGCCACGCUUCGUAGAGGUUGUCCGCACGCUCCGGAGGCUGCUGGAACGCUUCCCCAAGCCGGUCCAGCCGCAUCUGGCUGCGCCUGCUGCGCCUCCGGUUCAGCUCGUGGCUCCCGUGGCGCCUUCGGCAGUUGCUCCCUCAGCCGCUCCACAGCUACCACCAGCCUCUCCGGUGUCACCCUCGGAUAUCGAGCCGAACCCAAAGGCAUUGAAGGCCUUGGCAGUGCACAGCUCACAAGCUGCAUUUGCCUUGGACUUCUUUGCGGCCAUCGGUGUUGAUUUGACCACGCUGCCAGCUGACCUCCGUCGGUUGUGUCUUGCAGGAGCGUCCGAGGAUGGUGUGCAGACACAGACAGUUCCUAUUGGUCGUUUCCACCAACAGAGAGCCUUCGAGGCUUGGGUGCCAGACCAACGACAGAACUGUAUUUCGAGAACGGCCUUCGAAAUUGCAUGUGGACCUAAGGGUGAGAGAGCAGUGCUAACAGUUCGUGGAUCCGGCUUGAUCUCAGUUGAUGGUAAAGCUGCCCCUCGGGAGAUGGGCAUUCCGCUGUCAUCUGGAGCUGAGAUCGCCUUCCACCACGGUGCUGACCUGGCUGCGGUUCUGCUUCGGCUACGCUUCGUGGCAGGGUCAGACCUCUCACUCUCCGAGCCGGGGAAGACCGAAGGGAAGCCAGAACGGAUUGACAGAGUAGAGACAGAGAAGGUGGAGAAAGUGCAGCCGAGCUCACCUCGCGAGGAGCCGAGCUCGCCUUGUCCGCGCCGGGCAGUGCGGCCCAUGGAGGACAUGGAGGUUCGGAGCCCAUCCGCAAGGUCGAGAAACGGGAGUGGCACAUGGAUUCUGGCUUGUGUCUACGUAGAGGGCCUGACAGCUGGACAGCUCGCAGACUUGCCCAGUGCUGUAAGGGAUAUCCAGGUGCCAGGUCCGCUGAUGCUUGGGCUUUAUGUUGGUGAGGAGCUCGUGGCGCAAAGCCACACUGUAAAGCUGGCAAGUGGCGACCAUGUUUGGAUGGGCAAGCUGUGUGCUUCUGUAGUUGAAAGUCCAGAUGUGUGCGCAGAGGCGAUGCUCGUGGAAGGUCCAAGGGGUGGCCAAGAGGCAGGGCAGCCAGAAUCGGAUGCAGCAUUUUCUAGCGCGGCACAGAUCACUCAGCAAUGCCAGGGCCCGCGCUUGCUCACCUUGUCGCCGCCAUCGCGAAAAGUGAACGAUGCGUCCUCCUCGCCAUACCGAGCUUCUUGGCCAAGCCAAGUCAAACGAGGAACCGCCAUGGUUUGUCUGGAGCUUUCGGGCGACGGCGUGCUGGACGUGCCUGCCAGCGAGCGCAGAAUUGGACCAGCUUCUGUGGCUGAUCAGCCACUGAUUAUCGGCAGGAAGCACCAGCCAGAAGUGCAUAAGCGCGCCGUCAAUCCGCAGUGCUUGAAGUUCAUGAGCAGGGACCACUUCAGCAUUUGCUCUGAGCAUGGGCUGUUCCGGAUCGAGCCCCUGACCUCCAACCCCAUGUGGCGCUUCCGAGCCGGCGCAGAUCCUCUUGAGCUUGAACAGCAAAAGCCUUCUGACAUACGCUCAGGAGAUCGUGUGGCACUCGGAACUGGAAGUGAUAAUUCUCCAGAGGCAGCUCUCCACAGUCUUUGCUGGCUCUUCACUGUUGAGGGUGCCGAGCAUGUACAGGCACCCAGGCUGAGCAUUCCUGGGGCUCGCACGCCACCAUCACCAGGUGGAGCUUUUCCGCGGACCUCUGAAGACAAGCCAUGGGCAAUCCGCGUCUUGAGGACGGAAGAGACCUCGAGCCCGGACAGUCCAGCCAGCCCGGCGCGUGAGCGCCUCCUCUCUGAAAGUGGUGCGCCAAAAGCCAAAGCAAAGAGCCGAGCUCCAAAGUAUUUGUAG